UCUCCCCAACUCAACCUACCGGUUCACCCCCCCACCCCCUUUUCUGUCUCUCUCUAUCACACCCAAAUCGUCCCGAUCCUCUGCUCAGCCACGCAACCGGAAAAUGGAAUCGUCUCCGAUCUACCGGCUCCCGCAGGACACUCUCCACCAGAUCUUCUCGAGCCUUCCGCUCCGUCAGAUCAUGAUCUGCCGAUCGGUUUGCAAGCUCUUCCACCAGGUUCUGACUUCGUCCUGCUUCAUAGACCUCAUCUCCUCCCAAUCGCCUCUCUCCCUCAUCGCUCUCCGGCCCCCUCAUCACCACCACCACCAUCGCCACUUAUCGUAUCUUCCUUCCCUCCACGUCUUCGACCCCGACCAGAAUCAAUGGCUCAGAUUCACCCUCGACUUUCUACCCUUCCGGUCACCGCACCCUGUCGCGUCCUCCCCCGGACUCAUCUACCUCUGGGCCGACUCACCUCACUUGUCUGAGCCCAACAAGUCGCUCGUGGUCUGCAACCCCUUAACUCGUCAAUUCCGAGUUCUCCCCCAGCUCGGCUCGGCCUGGUCGCGCCACGGCUCAGUCCUCGUCGACUCGGCUAACCGGGUUAUGGUACUCACGGAACUCGCGGCCCUAUACUUCUCUGGCUCGAACCAGUGGCUCAAAUUCUCUUCCAAUCUCCAGGCGAAACCCCGAAGCCCGAUCCUAGUCUCCGAGUCGGUCUACGCCCUCUGCGACGUCGGUUCACAUUGGCGAAGCCAAUGGAAGCUGUUCGCUUGCAGAAUCACAAGCGCCCGGAACUGCCAGACCUGGACUUGCCUGGAACGCCCCGAUUGGGGGGACGUGUUCGACAUCCUAAAACGACCGCGUUUGGUCCGCGGGAGCGGGAAACGAAUCCUGAUGAUCGGAGGGCUGAAGUCGUCGUUUUCACUGAACGCGUCGUGCUCGACGAUCCUGAUCCUGAGGCUGGAUCUGGAGACGCUGGAGUGGGACGAAGCGGGCCGCAUGCCCGGGGAGAUGUUCGAGUGCUUCAAGGAGUCGAGCAAGUUCAAGGUGUUUGGUGGUGGUGAUAGAGUCUGCUUCUCGGGCAAGAGGGUCGGAAAAUUGGCCAUGUGGGACCGCUGCGAAGGGAAAGGGGAGUGGCGGUGGAUCAACAUGGUGCCCGGGAGCGGCGUCGGCGAUGGGCUCUGUCGUGGGUUCGUGUUCGAGGCGAGGCUCACGGCUUUGCCUUGAUGGCAAUUAGAGGUUGGUGGUGGUGUUCGUUAAUGUUGCUCUUCUUGUUGGAUUAAAAUCACCUCAUCUAAUUAUGUUGUACCAUAAUGUUGUAUUCGGAUACGCAAAAAUGCUUUUUUAUCAUUGCUAAUUGAGGAUUGCCUACAUGUUGUUCUUUCUCAAUGCAUUAAAUCAAUGUAUCUUUAUCAAUUUUGGUUGAUAUCAGAGACUCUAACAUGGUAUUGUGGUAUAUGUACAUCAGAGAAUCGUUUGUGUGAUAAA